AAAAAUCGGCCAUUUCGACCGCGCAAGAAGCCGGGAGGGCGAGAGAGGGGAAGAAAGUAGAUCAGGCCGGGGAAGUUUAACAACAUAACUUGUAAAUAAAUAAACCAAGAUGAGUGAGACAGCAAUUUCAUUUGCCAAGGAUUUCCUGGCUGGAGGAAUCGCCGCUGCUAUCUCCAAGACAGCUGUCGCUCCCAUCGAGAGAGUCAAGCUUCUCCUUCAGGUCCAGCAUGCCAGCAAGCAAAUCACAGUGGACAAGCAGUACAAGGGCAUUAUAGACUGCGUGGUGCGCAUCCCCAAGGAGCAGGGCUUUCUGUCGUUCUGGAGAGGCAACCUGGCCAACGUGAUCCGGUACUUCCCAACUCAGGCCCUCAACUUUGCCUUCAAGGACAAGUACAAGAAGGUCUUCCUUGACGGUGUGGACAAGCACAAGCAGUUCUGGCGCUACUUUGCCGGUAACCUGGCGUCCGGAGGUGCUGCUGGAGCCACCUCACUCUGCUUUGUCUACCCUCUCGACUUUGCCCGAACCCGUUUGGCUGCCGAUGUGGGCAAAGCUGGCACAGAGAGAGAGUUCACUGGCCUGGGCAACUGCCUGGUGAAGGUGUUCAAGUCUGACGGCAUCAAGGGGUUGUACCAGGGCUUCAAUGUGUCUGUGCAGGGGAUCAUCAUCUACAGAGCAGCAUACUUCGGCAUCUAUGACACCGCCAAGGGUAUGCUGCCCGACCCCAAGAACACCCACAUCGUGGUGAGCUGGAUGAUCGCUCAGACUGUAACUGCCGUUGCCGGUCUCACCUCCUACCCGUUCGACACGGUCAGACGUCGCAUGAUGAUGCAGUCCGGCCGCAAAGGAGCUGACAUCAUGUACAGCGGCACCAUCGACUGCUGGAGGAAGAUCGCGCGUGACGAAGGCCCGAAGGCGUUUUUCAAGGGUGCUUGGUCCAAUGUACUCCGUGGUAUGGGAGGCGCAUUCGUCCUCGUCCUGUACGACGAGCUCAAGAAGUUCAUCUAAAUGUCCCCUUCUCGUCCGUUAUCGUUUUAUUAUUUUUUUAAAAUAAUUUUCACCAACAAAACAAGGAGAAAAAUGGGGGGAAAAAAGUGGAAACGGUUAAUGCCAUGUAAAAGUAAAACCUGUUGUUCUGGCUGGACUCUUCUGCCUCAUCACUGAGGCCUGAUUAGUACUGCUGCUGGUUCUGAUUAAUAUGGAGAUGGUCUUUAUUUAAAGUGUGUGUGUGUGUGUGUGUGUGUGAGAGAGAGAGAGAGAGAGAGCGCCAUUCUCUUAGUCUGUUUAUCGUUUUUAUUCUCCCUGAGUCCCAACCCCUCAUCCUCGAUCCUCAUUUCUACAUGUGUGAGAGUUCUGAACGUGUUCUCCGCUCCACCAGUUUUUAAAUCAGUACUUGAAUAAAUUCAACUUAUUGGAGAAAAGAAAA